AAACUUUCAAUUUAGUUUCGUCUUUUGAACGGUGCAGAUCAGCGUGACCCUCGCUCUUGUCGAUUGAUUUUUUGUGUGGGGUGAAAACAGAGAGAACAAUUUAUGUUUUCAUUGGUAUCGGUGUUCUCUCGUGCGGUUGGGAAGUGAGAGGAAGUGAAUAAUUGCUAAUGACCAUACAUACAAACAAACAAGCGUGAGAAGAAGGGGCAUGAGAUAGAGCAAUCCAAAUUGAGCGCAAAGUGUGUGGAAGCAAUAAGGCAAGAGGAAAACAGAACUGAAUCAAAAGUAGACGUGGACGUUGGUGUAGAGUGCUACGAUUGAGUACAUACACAUUGUGGCUUUGCUGAUUUGGUACCGCCAGUACUAGAUACCCGUGCGACAUUGGACUAUUACCUUUCGUGCGCGUAGUGGACGAUCAUUGAUAAAGUAUUAUAUGCGGACAGAUAGCGAGAUACGCGAAAGCAGCGCUUCGAGCGGCCGUUCUGAGUCAUCGGAUAUUUUCGCAUCAGGAAGUGACGGUACAGCGACGAUCAACGGUCCUGCAGCAGCUGUAUCCGACGUUGAGACGUUGAGAGCCAUCAAAAUUGAUACCAUGGCAGAAGCGCAACGACUGAUUGGCAUCUCGCUGGCCAAGAUAGCCCAGUCGCGAGUGUGUCGUGGCGGGGUGUCGCUGCAUAAAAAUUUACUAGUGGCAACCGUGUUGCAAAAAGCGCGGUAUAUUUUCAUGGAGGAAGCAUAUCAUAUUGUGCAUGGUCAUUACCUUCAGCAGAACAAGUGCAUGGAGAUGGAGAUGGAGAAGCAGCGGAAUGCGGCUGCAGCGGCAGCCGCAGCAGCAGCAGCUUCAGUGAACAAUGUCGAUGACGAAAGUUGUAGUGAAAGUGAGGAUAGCGAUGAGUCGGAAUCAUACGCGUCAAGUGAAAAUAAUGAUGAGAGCGAUAAUGAAGACAAGGAAAAUAGCCCACCAUCGCUAAACGAUGAACGGGGAGAUGAAGAUUCGUCAUCGGUGUCAUACUUUGAUAUGGACGUGAAGAAAGUGGAGAAAACCAGCGCUGAAAACAGCAAUAAGCGAAGACGUGAGGCUGGUGAAUGGGAAACUGAGGAAGCUGUUCAGUCUAUCCUUCCCAAGCGCCUCAAGUCUGAAUCGGAUAGUGAGGUAGCCGAAUCUGGCAACAGUAGUCAAGUGACCGUCGAUUCUGCUUCGAAAACUGAAGCUACCACCUUAUCCGCAUCUGUCAACAAUCAAUUGGAAGCCGAAGAUUUGUCUUGCCGCCAAGGUGAAAACACCCUUAACCAUACGCCUUCCGUGGAGAGCAUUGAUCGAAUAACGUCGCUGGUUUCUAUAUUCAGCUUUGGUAACCUGUCUCGUUCUGUAUCGACUCCGGACUUUUGUGCAGCCCAGGCAAAAGAUUCCGACAGCACGUUGACUCAGCUACAGCACACACAGCGUGGCUAUCUAACUAUGACCGUAUAACUACUGCUGCUACAGCGAGCACUAGAUUACGACGCCAAGUAUUAGCAAUUAAAAAUUCACACUCCUGUGAUCCGCGCACACAUUGCGAUACGUUACGUUAUUGCAUUGUGGUUGGUGCCGCUGUCACCGUCUGGUGAAAGAGCGGUCCGGGAGCGUACGUUGCGAAAAUGGUGCUGAACCGGGUGUUGGUUCGUGGUCUUACAUGGAAGGUGCCGUUUGCACACCCUGAACCGGAGUAUUCGCGCCCUAGAGGUGCACAGCUUGGUUAUCGAUCAGUAUCAUCAUAGUCAACCCAAUCUUUGAAUCACUCAUCAUUGCUGAACACAUCGCUUUUAUGCUCCACUUACCGUAAUGGCGAUGACUAACCGUUCAACAGUCGACCAAUCAAGGUUCACUCACGUCGUGGAAGAAGCGAAAUAGGAGAAUAACAUCUAAAUAUCAAGGCUUGUGAUACAUCACUUACUCACUCCUACAUACUUAGCUCAUUAUGAUUCACUGGUAACACUGGUGAAUGAGUGUCAGGAAAGAAAAUAGCACAAAGGCAAAGCUAAGUCGUAUAGUUGAACAUUUUUAACGACGGAAUACAAUACGUUGUUCGUGUACAGGCAAGAUUGCUCACUCAGUGUCAGAGAUGAAUAAUUACGUUUCAAACUAUCCGCUGCACAUCUAGUGUUGUCUCAGCUCCCUUUUAUUCGUGCAUUCGGCACAUUUGCAAUCGAGAGUAAGAGAGACAACAUGCAGAUAUUGGAAGAGAGUAGUGCAAGGAGAGAAGAUCAAUGCGAGCAGAAGUAGGGACGCACGCGGUAUUCAGUGCACUCUGCGAUUUUACGUGUGUAUGGAGUUAAACCUAACUGGAGUUUAAUGGGCGUAUAAGUAAAAGCAGAAAUUUGAAUAAAGAAAGCUUAUGUCUAGAAAAAUCGAUGCCAACUCUUCUCUGAUGUAUCGUGAGAUUGAUUUUCCUAGUUCAUUGAACUGUACAUCUGUGCUGUGACAAAAUUGCCUGUUUUUCGUUAAAUUCCUUUUAUGAUAUGAUAGUUGUCAAAGUCACAGAUUUUAUUUCUACGAUUGCCACCUGAAUAAAUUAUGUUGAAUUGAACCUAAUGCUCAAGCAACACACAAGCUAACAAAAAUCGUGACCAUCAACUUCAGCAUAGGAAGCGGUGAAAAAAGAAGUCAACACUGCAAAAGAUAACUGUUCAUACUGGUAAAAGAAAAGAAGAAAUAAACAUUAUAUGGCACAAUCUAUAACAUGCACUCUCUUUUUUUAAUUGCCUCCUAGAGUGGUAACUCUUUGGUGAUUGAAGACCAAAGGUGAUCGUUGGUUUAGCAAAGUAAAGGCACAAAAGAGAAAGAGCGUAAGAAAGAAGGCAUAAUCAUAACUGUUUCGUCUCUGUGCCAGCUCCCGUUGAUCGCGCGAUAGUCAAACAUAAGUCAAAGCGUAGGAAUACUGAUGGUAGGUUUUAUUGGCGAGAGCGUGUCCACUGGUACCACCAACCAAUUCAUUGUUUUCGUUUCCACUGGUCGAACGUAUCGCUGUUUUUUCCUUCUCUUUCUCUCCGUUACGUUAGAGGACGAUGAACCCACUUAAGUAACAGACCAAAAUCAUUUAAAUUCGCCAUGGCACCAGCUCACUAAUAUGUGUGCGACAUCCGUACCAGAUGACGUCCUUCAUUUGGCGCAUUGUAGGCACAUAACUAUCGUCACUAAUGGAAGGUAAAUAACCCAUCCAUGAGCGGCCACGAAAGUGAAAGUUUAUAUAAGUUUACCCGCCUCUGCCUAUGAUUUAGUCCUCCAAAUCUCAAACACAUGUUUAUGAAUGUAGCGAAAUCGAAAAAAAAAAUAACAGCUCAGUUAGUUGCGCCCAUUGAUGUGUACCAUUAAGAAGGUGACCCCACUCCAAACGUUCGAUGUAUAUCGCUGCAAUGUGCAAUAAUUCUCACGUAAUGCUCUCUGACAUGGAUUCGAAGAAGGAAAAUGAUGUUGACUGCUUUCGGGGAGCGAGACAAUCGUGCCAGUAGACGAAGCAAUUAUUAGCCUGAUUAUGUAAACAUCACCACACUUUAUACUGCAAAUACUGUAUGUACUGUACCGUUUCAAGACGAAAGAAAACACAUCCGAGGGAAGAUAAAUUGAACUUAUUUUAAUUUAACAGAAUAAAAAAACAAGCUCUAGGUAGCCUAGGUAGCUGUUAAAAGUAGAACUUUUAAAAAUGGAUUAUCCGUACAGCUGACUUAACACACAUGAUAUAUGAUUCAAAUUUUGAACUUUGUCCUCGUCAAAUGAAUAAUCUUAGUUGAGUAGUUUUACACUAAAUCAUAAAGCAGUACACUUAGCGUUAGAUGUAGUCGUUGAUGCGCAGGAUGGCUCUGUUUUAGGAGUCGUAUUAAAAUAUCAUUUCCAACUACAGUAUAAUGUUAACUUAUUCAAUAAUCAAAAUUGUACAAUAGUGUAAUAAAAUGAGUUUUAAUAUAUACGACUUUUCAUCGGUAA